CUGGAUUGUUCACGAAAAUGGGGAGAAAAGAGAGGGUGAAUAGAUAGAAAUCCAUUUGAAGUUUGAGAAGGGCAGAAAAGGGGAGACAAGAAGACGAAGAGGGGAGGUCUUCAGCGCAGGGGAUUACGAAUUGUGAGAACCACGCGCAUUCACUUCUGCUAUUGUGGUGACUGAAUUGCUUUGCAGUACCAGGGCAUUUAGUUAAGCAGAUUGUAUUUCUUCAGACCCCUGCGAUGAUCUCUUUACAACGACUGGUGGCAAGCAACUCUGGGGACAGCAGAAUCACACAAACAGAGAUAUGAGCCUGCACAUGAACCACAUCAUAACGAGCUGGGAUACAGCACUGCCGGGAUCAUGAAAUACUGUGCCGUUGAAUGAAGUAUUGGCAACACUGGACCAGUGAAAGCUCCUCUGUCCAUUAGCCAUGCAGUGGAAGGAAAUGCACGGUUGGACAGUAAAAAUGAGCGUGCCGAGUGUUUUGGCCAUGGUAACGGUCUUUUCCGUCAUUCCUGGCGGGGUGCUGAGCGAUAUGAGAGGUAUUCAGGAUCUGGAAGCCCAACAAAUAGCCCAAGGGUCCACUCAUCUGCACCGUCGCCUGAAGAGAGGCUGGAUCUGGAAACAGCUGUUUGUCCCCGAGGAAGAUCCCACUCCUCGCGUUAUUGGCCAGCUCAAAUCUGACUAUUACCGUGGUGAGUUUUCCAUCAAGUAUAUAUUAUCAGGAGACGGUGCCGGAGACACGUUUGAGAUAGAUGAGUAUUCUGGUGAGAUACGGACACUCAAGAAGCUCGACCGAGAGGAAAAGGCCUUCUAUGUCCUUCAAGCCCAGGCCAUAAACAGGAGGUCCAAUGAACCAGUGGAACCCCAAUCAGAGUUCAUCAUCAAGGUGCAGGACAUCAAUGACAAUGUCCCACAGUUCCAGAACGAACCAUAUGUGUCCAGCAUCCCUGAGAUGUCCCCAACUGGGACCACAGUGGCCCAGGUGACAGCCACAGAUGCUGAUGAUCCCAUGUUCGGAAACAACGCCAAGCUCAUCUACUCCGUCCUCCAAGGGGAACCCUACUUCUCAGUGGAACCAAAGACGGGGAUUAUUGUAACAUCUUGGCCAAACAUGGACCGCGAGGCCAGAGAGCAGUACCUGGUGGUGGUGCAGGUCAAGGAUAUGCUUGGCCUCAGCGGCGGGUACUCCUCCUCCACCACCGUCACAGUAAGCCUGACUGAUGUCAACGACAAUGGACCCACUUUCCAACACCACCUGUACACUUUCGCCGUCCCUGAAAAUGCAGCCGAAGGCACCACGGUUGGCCGGAUUAUGGCGUAUGAUGGAGACAGUGGCAUCAAUGCUAAGAUGACCUACAGUCUGGAGGAUGACCUGGAGGAAAGCUCCACUUUUAUCAUCGAAACAGACCCAGUCACUCAGGAAGGAUUGAUACUGCUAGCGAAGCCUUUGGACUAUGAAACUAAAAGACGUUUUGUCAUGGCCGCAGAGGCAGUCAAUGACCAUGUGGACACUCGUUUUCUGGAUCUAGAGGAGUUCAGGGACAGGACAACGCUCAAGAUCGUUGUGGAAGAUGUGGACGAGCCGCCUGUCUUUCUCUCGGCGGUGUACGAGUGGAAGGUUCCUGAAAAUGCAGCCGUGGGAACCGUGGUUGGCAGUGUUAGUGCCAGAGACACUGACACAGUCAACAAUCCCAUCAGAUAUUCAAUUGACAAACAGGGAGAUAACACAAAAGCUUUCAAAAUAGACCCAAACAAUGGAACUAUAAUUGUCGCUAGAGCAUUAGACCGAGAGAAUGCAAACUGGCACAACAUCACUGUCGAAGCCAAGGAAACAACGCAGAGCCAUUUAUCCUCCUCUGUGGUGGUGUUCAUCAAAGUGCUGGACAUAAACGACAAUGUGCCAAGGCUUGCAAGAGAUUACCAGCCAUAUAUCUGUGAGGGAACACAGGCGGGAGAACUCAUUCAGCUGCUCCGUGCUGUUGAUCAGGAUGACCCUGUGGAAGGACACCACUUCUACUUCUCUAUGGUCCCCGAGAAACACAUCAAUCCAAACUUCACCAUCAGAGACAAUCAAGACAAUACAGCCGGCAUCGUGGCACGCAGGAGUUCUUUUACGCGCAAGGACCGAACCCAGUACCUCCUGCCUGUUGUGGUGACCGACAGCGGGUCUCCGGCUCUCUCAAGCACCAGCACUUUAACCAUCAGUGUGUGCAGCUGCCAGCCUGCCGGUCAUUGUCCCACAGGGAGGGUGGAGGCCCUUGCCCUGUCAAUGGGGGUCAGCCUGCAAACAUUGUUAGGAAUUGUGAUCUGCCUUAUCACACUUAUAGUGCUGUCAAUUCUGAUGCUGGUGGUGAGGAGACACAGGCUGAAGCAGCAGGAGAAGUUGGAGGUGGAGGGGAAAGAGCUGGAGCUGCCUGAGACGGUGUCGCAGAAGGUGCUUUAUUACAGAGAAACAGGGGGUGUAGGAGCAGACCUCAACUUCUGCCAGCCUGCCGUCCCGCUGCGCCGCCACCCCAGGAGGAGGGAGAGGAGGCUGCGGAGGGAAGACGUUAGGGCUAGCAUACGGAUGUCUCUCAGAGAAUCCCACCUCAUCGGGCCGGACGACGACGUCUUCAGGCAGUUUAUUCUGGACCGGCUGGCAGAGGCCGAUCACGAUCCUUACGUCCCCCCAUUCGACAACCUAAGAACCUAUGCUUAUGAGGGGGUGGGGUCUCCCACAGGGUCCCUAAGCUCACUGGACUCAGCUACAACGGAGCUUGAACCUGAGCAACCUGUUUGUAAUCCCAGAACCUACACAGUAAGACUCACGCCUUGGUAUUGGGGCGGAGAGGAAGACACCAUCUUCUGAGGGUCUCUGCUUCUGCUCCUUAAAUGGCUGCUUCUCUAAUCUUUGCCAUGAUGGACGUUCAGUUCACUUCCAAUGAGCGAUCAUCAGUGACUAAAAGUUGCAUUGAAGGGAAAGGCUCAGCAUUUUGAUGAAUAAUUCCAUGUCCAGAGUUGAACCAGAUUCAUCUAUGUAUGCUGAAUAUAAAUCAAACGCAGCCUGUCAGCUUAGCUUAGCUUAGCAUGAAGACUGGAAAAAGGGUGAAACUUCUAGCCUGACUCGUUUUUUUGGGAGGCUUUAGUUCUGAUAAGCCAACUUUCUAACUUUCGUCAUCUCAUUUGUCCUUUUCUACAGUCUUUUGUUGCUAUGUUAGGAUAACUGGAGCCUGGCUGUAGCUUUAUAUUUAUCAUACAGACACGAAAAAAAAGUAUUUAAUUCUUAUGUUGCUUCAAGCAAGAAAGCAUGGUGUAUUACACAACAUGACAAACCAUUCCUGUUGGAUGAAAUCAAUCCCUAAUGAUUACAUUAUGUAUGCAUCAAUUCUUUGUAUAACUCUUUGAAGAUGGAGUAUGAGAGCAUUUAUGACUUUUUAUAGCUAAUAUGAAUGUUGCUGUCUUAGUGCCUUUACAUCAAAGAGCAAGGGGUCUCUCCUACACUUUUACGCAACAAUCAAACACCAUCCAUCGUAUGUCCUACAACAUAAGCCAUUUGUAUAAAUGCUGAAACAACUUACGUUUUUCCAGACACGCAACCUCUUGUGGUUGUGCAAAUAAGAACUAUCCUCUCUUAAGUUGCAAAGGACAAACAAGCGGACAUGUUGCGUGUACGUUGCAUGUUCCCUGAACUCCAGAAACCAUCCAGUGUUCUAGCAAAAAUGUUAUUCUUCCAUCUCUUUUCCCUAAACCAUAAAGCUGCCUUCUUUUAUUUGUUUGAGUUCUCUGAGGGGCAGUGGACCAAGCUGUAAACACAGCAUUGUCAAAGUGCAAAGAGUGCACCAAGGAAUUCAUGCUUUGAUUAUUAUAAAUAUAACAGUGUAAUGAUACUACACUCAUUGUAUAAUACCUACAGUAUUACUGACUUAUGGUACAGCACGUCACUUCUUAUCUAAUUUUAUAAAUGGUUCAUAACAAUUUGUACUGUACAUUACGUGGUUUUUUUGUAUUUACCCUGAUGAAAUGAUAUAAUUUAAUGCGUACUCUUUGGUUAUAUAAAUGGACACAUUGGACACAAA